AAAGUCACUAAAAUUGAUAGUGCCUCGUUAUCUUAAUUUAGCUGACAUUUUAAUGUGUUAAUAACUAUGAAACCAAGAAUUUAAUCUAAUCUGAGAAUACUUUUUAGAGUUAAGGUGGUUGGCAGUCUAAAGCAGAGCGGGUUGAGGGGAGCAGGGAAUAUUAUGUUGUCAGAUGUGCCUUCCUUUCUGUGAGAAGUUACACCAAAAUUGUUCAGAUGUCACUUCAUGACCUCCAAAUAGGCCAAAGGUGCUUGUUUGAUGUGGGUCCAAAACAUUUCCAUUUUCAUGACCAAGGCCAAUCAAGAGUUCAAGACCAGAUCAAGAUUUCUAUCCCCAUCAUCCUAUUCUGAUCUCCCAAUAAAGAUGGAAUUUCCUUUAAACAAAACGUUCACAAUAUUGAUAUUCUCAUUGUUUGGUGAGGUGUCUUUGUACAUGAUAUCUGAAGUCGUCGGCAGAGAUGUAUUGCUGCCCUGUCUCUUUACACCAGAAUCCAAUCUUGAUCCUGAGAAACUGAUCAUCAACUGGCAAGGGACAGACGACAACUCAGUGGUUCACAGUUUCUACAGUAACGUUGACCAUCCAGAGUAUCAGAAUCAGAAAUUCAGAGGAAGAACACAGCUGUUUCCCAAAGUCAUUCUAAAUGGAAAUGCUUCACUUCAACUGAGAAGGCUGACUUUAUCAGACAAUGGGAACUACACAUGCUACGUUAUUCAACAUGAUGAUCAUGCCUAUGUCAAAAUUGUGGUAGAACUCAGAGUGCUUGAUACAGAUACGUCACAAGUCACUGAAGACAACAACCUUGAAGAUCAGAUUCCAAAGGAACAAAUCAGAACAUUGGGAACUGCUGCAGCAUUUUUUGUCAUUGUCGGGAUUGGGAUUGGGAUCGGGAUCAAGAUUGCCAUCGGGAAAUCGAUAAUGAAAAAACAGCGUCAUAUGGAUCCUGAGAGAGCGGCUUUGAUAAGAUACCCAAACAUGGCAGAUGCUCUUGAAGACUACAAACUGUACCUUACAAAGAAGUAUUCUACUAUGAUCAAUAGUAACAUGUCCAAAUGCUACGCAAGCCUCAUGAGGACAGUGGAUGUCACAUACCCAAAGAAGGAAGGAAAGUUCAUUGAGGGAAUUAAUGGAGGUGGGUCAGACAAUACAAAAGAAAUCAAACCAACUGAAAUGCUGUCUGUGGCACUGGGAAAAAAGUGCUCUUCAAAACGUAUCUUAAUGGUAGGAGAUGCAGGUGUGGGGAAGAGCUGGACAGUUACCUGCAUGAGACAAGAAUGGGCGUCUGAGUCAAACGAACAACCUUUUAAGUGCAUCAUUAUUUUGAGAUUCCAUGACUUAAAUAAGGUUAAAGAAAAGACAACGCUACGGAAACUGCUUCAGAGCAAGUGCUCAUCACUGUCAGAAGUCCUGUCUGCACUUCUCCUUGAUCCCCAUGAUGUGUUGAUCACUUUGGAUGGGCUGGAUGAAUUUCACCAUCAGCUAAGUUGUGAUGCUCCAAUAAGGGACAUUGACAUAGACACUGAAGCUGACGUGAACGUUCUUGUGUCCGAUCUGAUUUGUGGGCAACUGCUUCCUGCUGCACACAUAUUGGUUACCUCCCGAUGGAAUAAUGACCAGAUAAAAAUUAACAAGAAAUAUUUUGAUUGCAUCCUGGCCAUUUCUGGGUUUACCACUAAUCAGCUACGACAAUACUGCGAUGUGUUCUAUCAAGAUAAGGAAACAGCAAGCAAGAUGUAUCAACAUUUUACAGAGAAAGAAACCAUCACCUAUCUGGCCUGCAAUCCCCUAAACAGCUAUAUGCUGUGCAAUAUUCUGAAGACAUGUAAAGAUUACUCUGAAGGGGUAACGGCUGUGCCAGUGACUCAGAGCAAACUCUUCUCUCUGUUCUUUGACAGCCUCUUUAGUCAUGGUACUCCAGGCACUGACCAGUCACACAAAUUGUCAGCGACUGAUCUGGAGAAAUGUAAGGAUAGACCCCAUGACAAAAUUGUUGAAACCAUCCUAAAAGUGGGGAAGCUUUCCUAUCACUAUCUCUUGUCAGGGAAACACAACAUGGUAGAGAAAGAUCUGAUUGCCUUCGAUAUAAACCCAACAUUUCUUUCCAGUCACUUGUCAAAUCUCAUCUUGGAAAAGAAAUGGGACAAUCGGAGCAGCUUUGAGUUCUAUCAUGCUAUGAUAAUGGAGCAGGUUGCAGCCUGGUAUUGUGCAGACUUAGUGAGGGACAAAGCCGAAGAGCUGAUCGAAUGCCUGGACCUGUGGUGUCUUGGAAAGGUGCCACAGAACUCAAAGAACCCGUUGUGUAUUGAAGCAGCCAAGUGGCCUGAGCACAAGAAGAACCUCUUCAGUUUCACCAAAAUGUUCAUGGGCUUCUUAACGGCAGGACGAGGUGGAAACUUCUGGAAGUCUGCAGCUCCCCUCAGUGAUUCUACUUCCCAAGCCCUGGUCAGGUGGUUUAGGGACUGGCUAUGUACAGAUAUAAAGCAGUCUGAGCUGCUAAAUUUAAUGCAUUGCCUUUUCGAGCUGCACGAUAACAAAGUGACAGAAGACGUGUCUCCUCACAUCAAACGCAUAGACUUUUACAACAUUUCUCUGAGCCUCCUGGAUAUCGCUGCCUUGUGUUACAGUCUCCGUCAUUCUCAGGUGGAAAAAAUGGACUUAAGACUUUGUGACUUGAAGGAUCAAGGCAUAAGGCAACUUGAGGAAGUAAUUGCCAAGUGCAAAUCUGUCUCAAUAAGUUCUAACAAACUGACUGAAGAGUCAGCCAGGAUAAUCAGCAACAUUCUUCAAGAACCAAGUUGUGCACUUGAAAGGCUAUCAAUUGGAACAAAUCACCUUCACUCCAGCGGGGCUCAGAUGAUAUGGAAAGCCCUUGAGAAAAACCAGAGACUCAAGUGCCUUUAUUUGUAUGAUAACGGGAUUACAGAUAAAGGAACAGAGAUAAUGCCUGAAUGUCUGAAACACAACAAGACCCUUGAAGUCCUACAUUUAUGUGGGAACACUUUCAGUGAUUGCGGCCAGAGAAAUAUCCAGCGAGUUAAAGAGCUUCGAGCUGAUCUGAAGAUCGUUGUGAAGAUUGCAGAUGAUGAAGAACUUGUCGAUCGGGUUGAAAACGAAGUCACCCAGCUGAUCUCUGACUUUGGGCAGUACGACCGGGAAUGGCUGACAAAUAUUCUGCGAACAAUCUUGAGAGAUCUUGGAGAUGAGAUCUCCAUAACCAAUACCAGAACAGAGACAAAGAUUGGUAACAUAAAACAAGGGAUUCAGAUAGUGCAACGCAAGCUUAAAUGGGAUGCCAUAGCCGAAUUAUAAUCCACUCUCCCUCAAUUCCUCUGCCUUGCCCUACUUGACAUAAUAAUAAUAAUAAUAAUAGUAAUAAUAAUAAUAAUCCUUGCAUUUGAUAUAGCGCUUUUCAUGUCAGGAAGACGUCCCAAAGCGCUUCACAGAACACACUGUAAAGUGAAUUGACUGUAUAUUUGUGGGCGAACGCGGC